UCAUAGCUUAUAUUGCAUAACUUUUCUGACAAAUACAUACAUGAUAAAAAAAGCAUACAAGACAAAAGAAUUAAGUCAAAGUGUAAAGAAAGAAAGAUUUUCCAAAACAGGUUUAGUAUGCAUAUGCAUUAACAGUGCCUUAUUGUAGGGUAGAAUUUAUUAAUGAUAAGAAGAGAUAAGAGUGUAGGAACAGGGAAGUAAAGAAGGCCUGGUACAACUACAACUGCCAAAGGUUCAGGGGUUCCCUGCUUUGCUUGGAGUAGCAUUAAAGACAGUACUGUUUCAGAUCUUAUUUUCAUUCACCAGCACUAACCAAAUGAAAAAAUAUUCAUUUUUUUUUAUGAAAAAAACAAAAAGGAAACAAGCUUUUAUAAGAGGAAAGCUGCAUUAACUUUUAGUUGGAAGAAAGAAAAAGAAAAUGAGUUGUGGUUCUGAGCUUCUUACCAUGAUCUUCAUCAUCAUUAUCACACUCUUGGUUCCUUUAUCAUCAUCACAAAGGACUCACAUUUUGAGUGUUGGUGCUUUAAUCAAUGCAGCUGGAAGCUUCCAUGUUCAUACUUUACAAGAUAACUAUUACAUGAAAGAACAAGAAAAUGAAAAGAAGCAGGUUCAGAAAAUCUCAGGUUUAGAUGAGAAUGAAGAGAAACAAGGUUUUAUAGUUGAAAAGUUUAGAUCUUUACUUGGUUUAAAGAGUUUCCACAAAAGGGUACCUUCUAAAUCCAAUGGUGAUUCUGAUUCUGAUUCUGAUCAGUUUCUCACACCAUCACCUUCUCCAUCACAAAACAUUGAAGCUGAAGUUGAAGCUCCAGCUCCAGCUCCAACACCUUCUCAAGUAAUGCACUUUCACCCUCAUUCUUAUCAUCAAAAGCAUCACUUUCAUUGGAAUCAACCACCUAAAAAGCUUCAUCAUGAUGAUAGAGGCAGAACCAAAAGAAUACUAGUAGCUGUUUUUGUUUCUGUAGGAGUUGCUGCAUUUGUUAUUUCUCUUGGCUUAAUCUUAUUCUGCAGGAAAAAAUUCACAAAUCACAAAAAGAAGAAACCAAAAAGAACAAUGCCUCUUUGCAGCAGCAAUACCAAAGGAAAAACAAAAGGCAAGGUGAGUUUAAAUCCAGGACUAGAUCUGUUCUAUCUUGAUGCAUUAGGUGAAGAUGUUGAACAACAUGCUUGUACUUUGACAAAGACUAGUGACAAUAAUGUUAGUAGUUCUUUUACUAAGGAAAUUGUUUCUGUUCAUGAAGAAGAACUAGUAAUAAAAAAUGAACAUGAAUGUGUUGAUAAAAUUGUUCAUGAAGAUUGUGAUUCAUCAGAAGAUGAAAGCUUUCAUUCAUUUGUUGAUUCACAAUCAAAUACAAGACUUUCUAAUGCUUCAGCUGGUAGCCUAAGUGACACACAAUCUUUGUUAUUGUCACCUCAAAAUUCAUUUUCAUUAUUACCAAACCAAUUACCUAGUUCUCCACAAAACACAAAUGAUUCUCACCAACCACCUUAUAGUCCAAAACAAAAAGACCAAGAUAUUGAAAAUGAAACCUUUGUCCAAUGUCCACAAACAUCUAAUUCCUCUCCACCUCCUCCUCCGCCGCCACCACCAACACCACCAUUGAAAAUGCCACUCUUUACUUUACAUUCAUUAACAACUUCAUCUAGAGUUUCAUCUCAUUCUCCACUCUCAUUGACAUCUCAUACCUUAUCUUCUCCUGUAAAUUCAGAAACUUCUUCAAGAUCAAAUCUUAGUCCUGAAAAAGAUUCAUUUUCUCCUUCUUCAUCUAACCCUACAAAAUCUCCUCCACCACCACCAUGCCCCCCUCCAUUUCCAAGAGGAAAUAGCAACAAAAAUGCAAAAACACCACCUCCUCCACCAUAUCAAUUCCCUCAAUCACCACUUGGUAAAGAUGGUACACCAUUGGCUAAACUCAAACCACUUCAUUGGGACAAAGUAAGAGCUGCACCAAAUCGUACAAUGGUUUGGGACAAAUUAAGAUCAAGUUCAUUUGAGUUGGAUGAGGAAAUGAUUGAGUCACUUUUUGGCUAUAAUUUACAAAGUUCAAUUAACAAUGAUGAAAGCAAGAGUAAAACACCAUCACCAAGCAAGCAUGUACUUGAUCCAAAAAGGUUGCAGAACAUAACAAUACUCUCAAAAGCUCUGAAUGUGACAGCUGAACAAGUAUGUGAUGCACUAAUGCAAGGGAAGGGAUUGUCUUUGCAACAAUUAGAGGCAUUGGUGAAAAUGGUACCUACCAAGGAAGAAGAGGGUAAGCUCUUCAAUUAUAAAGGCAACAUCAAUGAAUUGGGGUCCGCCGAAAAGUUUGUGAGGGCAGUACUUUGUGUACCAUUUGCCUUUCAAAGAGUAGAAACAAUGCUUUAUAAAGAGACUUUUGAUGAUGAAGUUGUUCACCUAAGGAACUCAUUUUCAAUGCUAGAGGAGGCAUGCAAGGAGCUAAGAUCAAGCAGACUCUUCUUGAAACUUCUAGAAGCAGUACUCAAAACAGGAAAUCGCAUGAACGUUGGAACGAUAAGGGGAGGUGCAAGAGCAUUUAAACUCGAUGCUCUACUAAAGCUUGCAGAUGUUAAAGGAACCGAUGGCAAAACAACCUUACUCCACUUUGUUGUUCAAGAGAUUGUUCGUUCAGAAGGAAUAAGAGUUUCAGAUAGCAUAAUGGGAAAAAUAAGCCAAAAAAGUAACAAAAACCGAACAGAAGAAGAGAAAGAAGAAGAUUACAGAAAAAUGGGACUAGAACUAGUGUCUGGUCUAAGUACUGAAUUGUACAAUGUUAAAAAGACAGCAACAAUUGACUUAGAUGUUCUUGCUAGUUCUGUUUCAAAUCUAUACGAUGGAAUGGUUAGGCUGAAACAACUAGUGGAAAAUGAGUUGCAUGAAGAUGAAAUGUGUCAUAAUUUUGUGAUGUCUAUGAAGUUGUUCUUGCAAUAUGUGGAUGGAAAUUUGAAGGAGUUAAGAGGAGAUGAAGAUAGAGUGAUAGCACGUGUUAAAGAAAUAACAGAAUAUUUUCAUGGAGAUGUUAGUAAGGAGGAUAAUCCACUUAGGAUAUUUGUUAUUGUGAGAGAUUUUAUGGGAAUGUUGGAUAAUGUUUGUAAAGAGCUUAGAAGGUCUAAAACUCCACGUACCCCAAACCCUCUUGCUCCUUUUAGAUAGAUUAGACUUAGACUUUACUUACACUUAAUUUCAUGCAUGUGUUCAUAGGAAUUAAUUGAAAUUUUUAAACAACUUGAGUGUAACUUUAAUUUCAUUUUAUGGAGUUUUGGUAUAUGUGGACUUCA